AUGGCGGAUGAUGGUGAUAAGGUUUUAAACAAUUCUACUAAUUGUAUUUAUAAUGAUAAAAGCUUUAAUAAGCAGUGGGUGAGACUGAACGUUGGAGGAACUGUUUUUUUAACAACUAAAACUACUUUAGCCAGAGAUCAAAAAUCUUUUUUAUACAGAUUAUGCCAAGAGGAUUCGGAUCUUAUUUCAGAUAGGGAUGAAACGGGUGCCUAUCUAAUUGAUAGAGAUCCCACAUAUUUCAGUCCGGUUUUAAAUUAUUUGAGGCAUGGAAAACUUGUUAUCAAUAAGGGCCUUGCAGAAGAAGGUGUUUUAGAGGAAGCUGAAUUUUAUAAUAUUACAGAACUUAUAAAGUUAGUAAAGGAAAGAAUUUGCCUUAGAGAUACUCAUGUACUCAGAGAUUCUAAAAAGCAUGUUUACAGAGUACUUCAAUGUCAUGAAGAUGAGGUUACACAGAUGGUUUCAACAAUGUCCGAUGGAUGGAAAUUUGAGCAGCUUAUUAAUAUUGGUUCUCAGUAUAAUUAUGGAACUGAAGAUCAUGCUGAAUUUUUAUGUGUUGUUUCUAGAGAAUAUGGCUCAGUUUUAAACCAUACAAAAGAGACUGAAGCCACAGACAGAGCAAAGGUAUUGCAACAAAGAGGAUCCAGAAUGUAG